UAGUAUAAUAACAUAGUCCAAAAUUCAACACGGUUGAGCAUCAACUCAAAGUCAACUUGAACCAUUUUCUCAAAAAUCCGCAGUUGAAUUGAAUCAAUCCCCAAUCAACAAUGGCGGAAUACGUCGUAUUCUGCGUAAUCCGCAGCCUCGGCGAGCUCCUACUCUACGAAGCACGCCACAUCCCCGAGCUCCGCGGCCGAAUCGAGGUGAUCCAAAUGAAGCUCCGCCAGCUGCAAUCCAUCCUCGAGAUCGCCGACGCCAGGCAGGAAAUCGACGAAGGAAUCCGCAACUGGAUCGCCGAGACCAGAGAAGUCGCCUACGACAUCGAAGAUCUCCUCCUCGUAGUCCUCUCCUCCUCUUCCUCUUCCUCCUCCGCCACCCGCAGAAGGUACACCGGUUUCUUCAGAGAAGCCACCAGCCUCCAAAGCCUGGAGCCUAAAAUCCAGCUCAUCGAAGCUAAGGUUUCCGCUCUCGAAUCCGAUCUCCGCGUCAGGAACAUUAGGCCGCGCCAGAGAGGAAGCCCUAACCCGAUCGCGCGGCGGCGGCUGCAGCAGAGGAGAACCUAUUCUCACUUCGUGGAGGAUGAUUUGGUAGGGCUAGACGACCACGUCGAGCAGCUGGUUGCCAGAUUGGUGAGCGAGGACGCGGAUCAGGUGGUGUCGAUCACGGGAAUGGGAGGUAUAGGCAAAACAACCCUAGCGAAGAGGAUUUACCACCACCACGACGUCCGCGGCCAUUUCCACGCCCUAGCGUGGGCGUGCGUGUCGCAGCAGGGGCAGCCGGAUGAUGUGCUGCAGAGGAUCCUCAACAAGCUGGAACCUGAGAAGAAGAAGGCAAUCAGUAUUAUGAAGACUGAUGAUCUUGUGGAUGAGCUCAUUCAAGUGCAGAGGAGGAAACGAUGCCUCAUCGUGCUUGAUGAUGUUUGGGAUAUGGACGCCUGGGAUCUAGUGUUUAAACCUGUCUUCGUCAAUAGGCAAGCCAGCAGAUUUGUGAACAUUAAAGUGCUGCUCACGACGCGGAAUAAGGAAAUCGCGCGUUACAUAGAUUUGGAUGCUCCUUGCUAUCUCUAUGAGCAGAGGCAUUUGGAUCAAGAGGAAAGCUGGGAACUGCUGAAGAGGAAAGUUUCUCACAAUCUCAGUUUGGCAGGUAUUUCACUUGACAGAAGUCUGCCCAGCAGCAGGUCUGUAGAAGAGCCGGAGUAUUCCUCCGGCUUUGAGGACGAGGAUGCAUUAUCACGAGUCGAAAGCUUUAAAUCGUGCUACAGUGACGAGGAUGAUGAACUCGUGAGUCGGAUGACUCGGAUUCAUAGUUCAAGUUCUGAUGAUACGAUUCAAGAUCUCAGAAAUCAGAUGGACAUGGAAAGACUAGGAAAGGAGAUGGUUGCACAGUGUGGAGGAUUGCCACUAGCAAUAGUUGUGCUUGGAGGACUCCUGAUGACAAAGUCUACCAUAAGCGAGUGGAGAACAGUGCACCAAAAUUUCAAUUCCUAUUUACGGAGGGGAAGAACUUCUCGAGAAAAUGGAAGAGUUCAUGAAGUGUUAGCUCUAAGUUACCACGAUCUGCCUUAUCAGCUCAAACCAUGUUUUCUGCAUUUAGGCAACUUCCCUGAGGAUUACAAAAUUCCCACUCGGAAGUUGUACCAGUUGUGGUUGGCUGAAGGCUUCAUAUCACAAGAAUUUGAGGAAGAGGAAUCGAUCAUGGACGUGGCUGAAAGAUAUCUAGGAGAACUUGUGCAAAGGUGCAUGGUUCAAGUAAGAGAAGAUGAAGUGACUGGUAAGUUCAAGUCUUGUCAACUUCAUGACCUUACCCGAGAACUAUGUCUUGUCAAGGGUAAGGAGGAAAACUUUUUGAAAAGGAUUCCUAUACGGUAUGAACCUGAACUACUAAGUACACCCUCUCCGUCAUCUAUAGCACCAUCAAUCAGUAAAACACGCAGGCUUUCCAUUGCCGUUGAUUGUGAUUUUGAUACUUACUUUCCUCCUAGAAGGGAGAUGUACAGAAAGGAGAAUCUUGAACAUAUUAGAUCAGCCUUGUUCUUUUCUAGGCUCAGCAACCGGAGAAAUCUUCAUCUUGCACUGGACUUCGUUUGCAGUGAGCUCAAACUGAUCAGAGUGUUAGACCUUGAAAGGUUUGACUUUGGAGAUAAGCUAUAUAAGGGUAUUGGAGAUCUGAUUCAUCUCAGAUACCUAAGUUUAAGAGGCUGUCAACUAAACAAAUUGUCGUCGUCCAUCGGCAAUUUGAAGUACUUGCAAACACUUGAUCUGAGGGUACCUUUCCUUGUAUGCAUGACCAUCCCCAAUGUCAUAUGGAAGCUGAAUCAUUUGAAGCAUCUGUAUCUCCCCCCAUCCCACGAGUGUAGCAGCAAACUGCAGCUAAACAGCUUGAGCAAGUUGGAAAUCUUGAAAAACUUUGAUUCCAGAGUCUCAGAUUAUAGAGAUCUCACCAAGUUAACUAAGCUUCAGAAACUUGCUGCAAUCUUAUCUUUGGAGAUAGAUCAUUUAGCAGCACUAUUUAAUCACCUCAAGAUGGAUACUUUGCAUAUCAAAGACUCCUCUUUCCGCAUCCGCUAUGACUUUCAGUCUGAAAAAGAGCUGACUGUUUUGAGAGAGAUAGUAGGAUCAGCCCAUCUUCAGAAAUUAGAUCUGAUUGGCAUUAUAAACAAGCUACCAGAGCAACGCCAUUUUGGUCGAAACAUCAUGAAGUUAACUCUGAGGAGUAGCAAACUAAAGGAAGAUCCUAUGACUACUCUAGAGAAACUCCCUAAUCUGCAUACAUUGAUACUACGCAAGAACGCUUUUGCAGGGAAUGCGAUUUGCUGCUCUUCUGAGGGUUUCCCUAGUCUCUCUGUUCUGGAGCUCCAGGGGCUUACUGACUUAGAGAACUGGAGAAUAGAUGAAGGAGCUAUGCCUAACCUCUACUGUUUAAAGAUUGAUGAAUGUAUAAAGUUGAGGAUGGUUCCGGAAGGAGUCAGAUUCAUUGCUUCACUUAGGGAAUUGGUGAUUGUUAACAUGCCCGACUCCUUUAAGAGCCGGGUUCAAAAGGUGCAGGAGCAAGGGGGAGAGGACACUCAUAUAGUCGGGCACAUUCCAUCGAUCACCAUUGCUGAUACAAACAGAACUUACAUGAAAAAACUCGAGACUCAACUCUCAGGGAAAUCAUACUACGGACUUUUCCAAAGUUUUUCUCCAUUACUUGUACCAAGGGAUUGGCAGAAGUCGUGAAGAUCGCACGAGCAGAUCAUGCUACGUGCAAACUUCAGAUGACUUCAGAUGCAAUACUCAGGAAUGCCAAAGGUGUUCUGAUCAACUGAAUAGGGACAAAAUUUCAACAGAGUAAAGAAAAAUAUAAAUUAAAUUUGAUUUGAGGAAUAUAAAGUUCUGGUGUUGUUUGAAGCUUCUCAAUAGUUCAUUUAUUGUCAAAUUAAGGUUGUUUCUUCCCCUUUCAAGUA